AUGGCCACAGACCCCCGGCGUGAUGCAAGAAAACCCGCCGACGAGCUUGCGUGCAAUUGGGACGCAUGUCCCCACCCGCAGUUCCCGUCGCUAGCCGCCCUCGUGAAUCACGUGACCGACGUGCACUUGGCGCCCAUGACCCAGGCCGCCCCCAACGUGCCUGUGCGCUACAGCUGCCAGUGGCAGGGCUGUCUGCGGUACUCGUCGGAACAGCCGUCCCGCUUUGCGCUCAUCUCCCACUGUCGGACGCACACGGGCGAAAAGCCGUACUUCUGCCCGAUUCCCGAGUGUGAGAAGCACUUCACGCGGCUGGACGCUUUGGCCAAGCACGUCAAGGGCGUGCACGACUUGCACCAGCACCGGGACGCGCUUGCCCACAUGCGCUACCGCAGCGAGAAGGGCAAGCUAGGCGGCACGCCGCUCGCAGACGCAGACGCGUUGACCGACGCGUUCUUCGUGGGCUUGUUGGACACGGACUACGCGCUCCGAAUGCCCUGGUGGUUCUCGCAGCGGUUCCUGGACGUGCUCCGCGCGGACAGCGUGUGUUUGCAGGCGCUCUACGACCAGCCGCUCGAGACGCGCUGCCACGACUUGGCCGUCCGACGCUACAAGACGUUUCUCGCGGGCGCCGACGACAGCUCUCUUGUUGCGGCACACGGCACUCUCCACGACGAGGAGCUUGCGCCGCUUCGUGCCGAGGCCCGGGAGGUGCUCGCAGCACACCGCCAGGCUCCGCAGCUUGCGAACAAAACCCACGACUCCCUGGAGCUGGAGCACGCCGCCUUGGAAUCGACGCUCGCCACAGCAACGAGCAUCAACCGCGUGGUCAAGAAGAACUUGAAGGCCGCGGUCACCGAGAAACGCCGCCUCUGGGCCGUGGUCCAGGCCUUGCUCGAUGCCAACGUUCGCCUAGGGCUUUCGCCGGAUAGUGCUGGCAUCGAGCCCGACGAAAUAGAUGCCGUGCUUUUGCAGGAUGGCGAAAAGUAG